AAAACCGCCAUCAACGCCAAAUCACCAAUACCAACAUCGUACCAUCAUUGUCGUCCCUAAUUUCUGUGGGGCAGUUCACACAGGGAUUUUGGUGACAGCAUAUCGUCAACAGGUGGACAGACUUGAGAAUGUACUCCGUGAAGCGGACUGUCUUCUUAUUACUGUGGACUGUCUCUCAAUUGGUUAGUGUAUCGGCUUUUGACGGAAGAUGUCCAUACCAGUGUCAGAAACAAUAUUCAGUGCGGGAGUCUUACCACGUAAAGUGUGGCUGGUGGGGAUGGAGACGAUGUAAACGUUACAGAGUCGCAUACAAGUACCAAAUGGACACUUGUUAUCGGUGCUGUCGAGGAUGGAAUGGAACCGUAGAAAUUGGAUGUGAAGACAUCAACGAGUGUGUAAUAGCCAACGGUGGGUGUGAACAUGUGUGUACAAACGUACAUGGCAACGUCGUAUGUUCGUGUCGGAAAGGGUACGUUCUUAAUAAAGACAAGAAGACAUGCGCAGACGUCAACGAAUGUGAUGAUGGCAAAGGCGGUUGCCUUCAUAUCUGUAUAAACACAAAAGGGUCGUACAUCUGUAAAUGCCAAUCGGGAUAUUUCUUGGAAACUGACAAGCGGACCUGUAAAGACAUCAACGAAUGCCAAUUGGCCAAUGGUGGAUGCCAGCAUAUCUGCGAGAACACUGUCGGUGGUUUCAACUGCAAAUGUCGGCCAGGAUAUUCCUUGUUAGAAAACGGUUCCUGUUUAGAUAUAAAUGAAUGCGAGGUAAACAACGGCGGCUGUACCCACACUUGUGUCAACACUGAUGGAUCGUUUAGUUGUGCCUGUAGGCCUGGCUAUCAACUGCAUGCUGAUGGAUCACAAUAUACGGACGAAUGCCUUCACAACAAUGGCAACUGUAUGCAAACAUGUACCAACAUACCAGGUUCCUACACUUGUACAUGUAGAACUGGUUACGCCUUAACAGAAGAUAGACAUACCUGCGCAGAUAAAGACGAAUGCAGUGAAAGAAACGGCGGCUGUGAACACAUGUGCACCAACAAAGAUGGUAGCUAUUCUUGCUCUUGUCGUCAAGGUUACGCAACAAUGGCGGAUGGCAAAUCGUGCACAGAUGUUAAUGAAUGUACUUUUAAGAAUGGAGGAUGCUCUCACAACUGCUUCAAUGUACUGGGCUCCUAUAAAUGCUCGUGUCGGCCAGGGUUCUAUCUCCAGGAAGACAAGAAAACAUGUUUAGAUACCAACGAGUGUUUAAUCAGCAACGGAGGGUGUGAUCACAUCUGUCAAAACACAAUGGGCGGUGUCGUCUGUUCCUGUCGUGAAGGAUUCUCUCUGACUGACGAUGAACGUAGCUGUGUGGAUAACAACGAAUGCCAAGAUGAAGAUAUCCCGUGCAGUCACAACUGCAUCAAUAUACUGGGUUCCUACAAGUGCUCAUGCAACCACGGCUACGUCCUAAAAGCAGAUAAGUACGCAUGUGAAGAUGAGAAUGAAUGUACGUCAAAUAACGGUAACUGCAGCCAUACAUGUGUGAACACAGAAGGAUCUUACAAAUGUACAUGUUAUGCCGGGUUUGUCCUUAGAUAUGAUCAGAGGACAUGUACAGACGAAAACGAAUGUGAAAAGCAUUUAGAUGGAUGUGACCAGUUAUGUAUCAAUACAAUUGGAUCUUACGUCUGCGGAUGCGAACUGGGUUAUAUUCUGCUUCCAGAUUCUCGAACGUGCAAAAACGACAAUGAAUGCAUGAUUGGCAAUGGUGGAUGCCAACAUUUAUGUGUGAACGAACCAGGAAGCUUUCAUUGUGAAUGUCGUCCAGGUUAUUCCUUGUUAAAUAAUGGUAAAUUAUGCCAAGAUAUCAACGAAUGCAAGACAUCAAACGGUGGAUGUAGUCAAUUAUGUCAAAAUACUGACGGAUCUUUCUACUGCUCAUGUAGACCUGGGUAUCAUCUAUCAUUCGACAGAAAGACAUGUGAAGAUAUAAACGAGUGUUGGCUGACACAGCAUUGUGACCAAAUAUGUGAAAACACGAAAGGACAUUUCUACUGCAGUUGUCGAAGUGGCUAUAAACUGCUGGACGACGGACGUAGUUGUACAGAUAUCAACGAAUGUGAUCAUCAAAACGGCGGCUGCUCUCAAUUGUGUCAUAAUCUUAUUGGAACCCAUUUUUGCAGUUGCCAGACUGGCUAUCAUCUGCAGACUGACAUGAAAACAUGUGAAGAUGUCAACGAAUGUUUAAUGAAUAAUGGAGGAUGUAGCCAGCUAUGUUACAAUCAACCUGGCUCGUUUGUUUGUUCCUGUGUCCAUGGUUUCCAGUUAAGCAAGGAUAGCGCCUCAUGUGAAGAUGUUGAUGAAUGUAAAGUGAACAACGGUGGUUGCAAUAAGAUGUGUCGGAAUACUUAUGGAUCAUAUUCCUGUAACUGUCCAUCUAAACAUCAAUUAGGCCUCGAUGAAUCGACUUGCUGGCCCUACUGGUGUAUGAUAGACCGUAAUCUAACCGACUGCAUGCCAUGCAACCACGGCGAAUAUCAACCGGAUCCAGGAGCUGACAACCAAUUCUAUCAAUGUACCAAUGGACUUAUGUAUCUCCUUAUGUGCCCACCAGGAACUAUUUGGGACCAAAGAGUAUGGAAAUGUGGUGACAUUAUGAAGAUUGAGUUUGAGAUGCUGAAUGGGACCGAACCUGUGAACAUGACCCUUGUAUCAGUGGACGACCUCUGCGUUGACAACUUCACUGGAGAAUGCGUCAUAUGUUUACCUGACAAAUACUACGAAUAUACAGGAGACCCUCGUAAGUUUUACCAGUGUGUGCACGAUAAUCUAGUUCUGCGAGAAUGUCCAGACGGAACAGUGUGGAACAAAGAGAUAUCAACUUGUAUCCACGAAGUAUUACCAGCUCCAGCGCAAUUUAGGCCAGUAUCACUGACAGAGAUGUGUUUCUAUCCAAAUAUGACUAAAUGUUAUCAGUGUCAGCCAGGAUUCUACGAGGACGACGACAGUUGCCGACGUUUCUACACAUGUGCCAACGGAGGCCUGGUCUCUAUGUCGUGUCCAGAUGGUACCCGCUGGAACCAGACUCUAACUCGUUGUGACAACGGUGCUAUGUGCUGAAUGAUAAACCAGACAAGUUUACUCUCAUGUCCGUCACAGUCGUGUGUUACAACUGAAGAUAUUUCGUCACAGUUUUAAAAGAUGCAGAAAGCAACAUAGAAGAGAAAUUUUGCAAACAUAAUAUAUCAUCAGUGACCUUCAUUCAUAAUAUAUUAUACCUCGCCUCUUGAAAUAUUUACAAUAUUCAUGUAUUAAAUAUUGAAAUAAACGUUUCUUAUGCCACACAA